AGUGGGUUCAGAAGUGACGGGUGAGGACGGAGAACAGGAAAGGAGCCACAUACAACUUCUAUUCCGCAACUAUGGAGGAUGAAAGAGACGGCAACGUGUUUCCCAGGAGAAGGAAGAUGGAAGUGUUAGAGUGGAACAGCCUGACUUCAGCCGUGCAGGUGAAACUCCUCUUCCUUCUAGAUAUCGGCGAUGUAACUUCCCACGGCAUCGACCACCAAGACGAUCUUCUCAUCUCAGCGCCAACAGAAGCCAGAGAUGCCUUCCUGUCGGUGCUUCAAGACAAGCAUCACAGAUUUGUAUGUGUGACGGACAUACUGAAGGUUCGUGUCAAACAUCUGCAGGAAUAUCCCUUUAUCAGUAUGGCCCCUGGGACGCAGGCAGCUGAUUGGAGCGUAAGGAAGAACGACGAGGACCUGCUGACGCUGGUACACGUGUGUCGCCACUUAGGCAUAGACUGUCGCCACCUGGAAGAGAAAACCAGGAAUGUGCAGAAGAAGCUUAGUCUUACCGAGGAGGAAAUAGAAAGAAAUUCGUUGAUUUAUGCUGAGAAUCUGAGGAUGCUUCGACUUUGUGACUCGCUCACCGUCCGGCAAGUGACGCAGCUGUUUGGCCUUACUGUGGAGAACAAGGUGCUGAAUGAUCUUUUGGAUACACGUCUCGAGGUGUCUGCCGAUAAACUAGAACAAACGGAGGGCCUCAAAGAAACUCUAUUCUUCUAUUUAAUCAGGACACUAGAGUUAAACAACAAGCUGAACCGUAUAUACACCAACAAGAUGGAAGCUCUCUUGGAAAAGUUGCAGAGUCAGACGGAUAGCGAGGCUGAGAAGCUUGUACUGUCAGAGGCGAUCAGCAGCCUGAACGACUAUCCUGUCGGAGAACGCUCCCCCGGGUACUGCGUGGUAUUCUGCGUCAUUCGUGACAGGGAAGGGGCGAGGGCCGAAAUUGAGAAGGUGAAGCACGCGUUUGGAAAGUCUCUGGGCUACACAGUGGAAGUCGUAGAAAACCCUAAUAAGGAGAAGAUAGAAGAGUGGCUUAGGUUGCUUCGAAAACCUAAAUAUAAAUACUACGAAUCCAUCGUUUACUGGUUUAUGUCUCAUGGCUCGGAAGAGAAAGUGGAGUUGGCAGACGGCUACCGCAUCGAGAGGAAACUCAUAAUUCAAGCCUUUUCUAAAUUGGACAAUUUCAGGAAAAAACCCAAAAUUUUUUUCAUGGCUCCCUGCCAAGGAAAUUCCGUCAUUCACGUAGAAAGAAAAAUAAGCGGACUGCUCGUGGCGCUCGACGGCAGCAAUGAAGGUAUUGCGCCAUACUCCGAGGUGACCGAGGACCAGCAAAACAUCACCGCCGUGUACUACCAGAUGGACCGCCUGGUGGCCAGCGCCACGCUGCCCCAGCACUAUGCAUUCCGCCUCCCCGAUGGAGGGUCGAUAUACGUGGACACUGUGUGCCGCCUGAUGGAGGAGCACCGCGGCCACAACAUCACGCAGGUGCUAGAACGCGUCAACAACACCAUGCACCAGAUCCUCUUCACCUGCAAGAAAAAGUUUAGCGGCGAGGCUAAACAGGCGUGCUGCUACGAGAGCACCUUGCAGAAGACCUUCCGCGUGCCCUGACUGCAGCGCGGAGGGUAGCCACCACCACCAGCUGUACAAAACCCUGCAGCAUGAGGAAUGGACCAAGAGAAGGGCGCAGCGAGGGGGAUGAGUAUACAGUACAGCAUAUUUCCCACCACACUCACCACUUUGCAAUCACCCACAGAGCCUUGACAAAGAAGUCAACACGGAAAUACCAAUACCUAGUGAAUACAGAAGAGUCAGCUGACCCACGUCUUUGCAACGAACGUCAGCAUGAUGCAGUAUUUCAUUUUUAUUUUAUUUUUUAUUAGCCAUGAGAAGUUGAAAACGGAGUGACCUACAAAAUUUGACAUAAACCUCUACCCAUUAGAAGAAUUAAGACUAGGAUCCGUGACGAGCUGAGUGAGUUAGCACUGCUAGGAAGAAAAUGCACCGUCACACUGAUCUUUCAUACCCGUCACCUUAAUACUCCGCAAAGACGUCGAAGGGUGCCUCGCUGGACACUCGGCACACCUCGGGGCCUCGUGACGCCCUCCAAGGUUACUCUGAGAGACUCAAGCUUCACAGCCUCCUGGCACUACUCAUCUCUCAGCUGUCCAGUACACGUGUGGUGAACUUUGCUCUCAAUGUUAUCAUUAUAUUAUUUAGAGUGUGAAGGUCUUAAUUCUUUACCCUCUCUCUCUCUCUCUCUCUCUCUCUCUCUCUCUCUCUCUCUCUCUCUUCCAAGGAAACGCUUUCUCACCAGGAUUUAAACUCAGGAUUCGUGGCACAAACAAUGAUGUUAUCUUUUACAGUAAACAAAGGAAAACAUCAAUGUUUCACCACGAAUGGUAUGUCCUUCCCCUCGUGGACAAAAGAAAUGCAGUCAGACUUAUAUUUGAACGGGAUGCCACGAAAUGUUUGCCUAUCUUCAUCACACCAAGAGCUACUGGCGUAAAAAAUGACGCAAAGGAAGUCAGCUUAACACUCUUAAUUCACCAUUUUUAAAUUAUGGAGGCUGCUACAAGUAACAGAGCGCUCACCAUUCCUCACCACUGGUCAUGUGGCAAUAAAGAAUUCCUGAUGAAUUAUUAUGAACAUAAAAGCGCCUUCAUCUUGAAUGUUUCUAGUAAUAUUGCUGAAACCGUUCCCUCAAUAACAACUUUACUCUUAAAAUAGCAUUGCUCUUAUCAAUAGACUUGGUAGUACUGGUAACACAUUCAGAUCAUCUAACAAUAUAAUGUAAUUUCUUACCAGUUUAAAGAUAGAAAACUGUAGAAUAAGUAAAGAGAUCUCAGAAUGAUUAGUAAUUAGGAAAAUAUGUAUCAAAUAGAGUUAAAUGAACUCGCAGAAAAAAAAACAUAGAUAUCCACGUAUUGUACUGUACGCUACCGAAAUUAGAUUGAAUCCUAACUAAAAUCCUGUUUACAAUACCAAAAAUCUACAAAUGUACUACUUGUACUAUUGCAUUUACCUACGUCUGUGUGGUACCGAAAUUCAAUAAUAAAAACUACCCACCCUAUUGUUUCCUUGAGAUAAAAAAGAAGAAAAAUAUAUAAACUAAAAGAGAGCACAAAUUUUUCAUUGUAUCUAGUUAUAUAAGUAUAUGCUACCAGUCUACCACAAUUAAAUAUUAAACUAC